GUUGCACGAGCGCACAGUGACAGGAAGCGCACCCGUGUUUUGCGCCAUCUGCUUGCAUGUCCUUUCACGUCCUCCUGCUUACGCCAAAAAAAGAAGAAAAUCCAAGAACUGUACAAAGAAAGGCGCCUGUCUCGCAACUCCACGUUAAACAGUACCGUGUCCCUUUAAAAACGUCUGACAAAAAGCCCAUAUGAUCCCCGAGCUCCAAUCACCAAUUCCUUCUGCAAAAGCAGCCUCUGCAUUUUUGUCUGUCUGAAUGCUACAGCAGCACGGGGGGGGAAAAGAUUGAGGAUAAGGCAAAAACUGAAGAAAUGUGACAAUUCAACGGUCAUUUUCAUGGCGAAGGGAAAACUGGUGCGAAAGGAGUUAUUCUUGGACUCCUUUGAGCCUCGAAACGCUGGAUCAAAAUGCUCAUAGUGGAGAAGACCACAGACUUCCCCUCUGCUGAGUUCUCCCUGGUGGAGGAUGUGGCUCUGCACUUCACCUGUUUGAUGGACAGGCUGAACGAGCAGCGUCUCUUCCAGCCUGACCUGUGUGACGUCGACAUCGUUCUGGUGCGUCAGCACAGCACCUUCCCGGCCCACAAGGGCGUGCUGGCGGCCUACAGCCCUUUCUUCCACUCCCUUUUUGCGCAAAGCAAACAGCUGCGGCGGGUGGACCUGUCGCUGGACGCCCUGACCUCACAGGGCCUGCAGCAAAUCCUCAACUUCAUUUACACCUCCAAACUGCUGGUGAGCAGCCGCACUGUCCGCGACGUGUUCAACGCCGCUGCCCUGCUCCAGAUGAGCGACAUCGCAGCCUCCUGUCGCGACCUCAUCAGCAGCCACUCGCUGAGAAGCACCUGCGCAGAUAUGGCCAAUCAGGAAGGGCUCAGUGGCGGUGACCCAGCAGGUGUAGCGAUGCCCUCCAGCCAGCUGUACCCGGAGAUCAAACAGGAGUCAGAGCUGGGGAGGGUGUACAAGAGGGAAGGCAGCAGCCCGUUCUCUGUUAGAGUGGAGGACGCAGGCAAGACGGCCUCCCAGCAGAAGUAUUACCAGAAGGAGGACGGGUCAGGGGGCGGGGCUAGCACGGGUGUGGCCACUUUGUGCAAAGUCGAGAGCAAUGGAGAGGAAUCAAAGACCGCAGAUGGCCACGCCUCCUUCAACAGAGACCAGAUCAUUGUUGAAGUCAACCUCAACAACCAGACCCUUAAUGUGUCAAAGGGGUCGGAGAGCAAAUCAGCAAGCAUCACAGAGGCGCCCACCAUGUUUGGUUGUUGCCACGACAACGGGAUAGAUUCAGAAGACGAUGAGGAGGACGGGGCAGAGAAUGACGACACAGUGGGAGAAGAGGAUGACGAUGAGCUAAAGAGGGGGGACAUACUGGGUCAGAGCAGCGAGGAGGAAGACGAGGAGGAAGACGAGGAAGAGGAGGAGAACUCCCUAAACAUUCCAGGCUUUGAGCAAGCGGCCAUGAUGGAUCGACCUCGCCGGGGCACCAGAGCCUUUGCCAUGGCGGGUACAACCGCCUCGAUGCGGCAGACACUGGCAGAGGCCACGCUAGCCAACCAGCGGCAGGGCGGGAAGAGGGCGCUGGAUGCAGAGGGCCUGGGCCAGAAAGUGAGGCUGGAGGAGAAGCAACAUUUCCCGUGUAAGAAAUGUCCUCGCGUCUUCAACAAUCGCUGGUACCUGGAAAAACACAUGAACGUCACUCACAACCGCAUGCAGAUCUGCAAUAACUGUGGGAAACGCUUCCUGCUGGAGAGCGAGCUGCUGCUGCACCAACAGACCGACUGUGAGAAGAGCAUCCAGUGUGUAACCUGUGGCAAGGCCUUCAAAAAGCUGUGGUCGUUACACGAGCAUAACAAGAUCGUCCAUGGCUACGCCGAGAAGAAGUUCUCCUGCGAGAUCUGUGAGAAGAAGUUUUACACCAUGGCUCAUGUCAGGAAGCACAUGGUCGCCCAUACGAAGGACAUGCCGUUCACCUGUGAGACUUGCGGGAAGUCAUUCAAGCGCAGCAUGUCCCUGAAGGUUCACUCUCUGCAGCACUCAGGAGAGAAACCCUUCAAGUGUGAGAACUGCAGUGAGCGCUUCCAGUACAAAUACCAGCUGCGUUCCCACAUGAGCAUCCACAUCGGACACAAGCAGUUCAUGUGCCAGUGGUGCGGAAAGGACUUCAACAUGAAACAGUACUUUGACGAACACAUGAAGACACACACUGGAGAGAAGCCUUACAUCUGUGAGAUCUGUGGUAAGAGCUUCACAAGCCGGCCCAACAUGAAGCGCCACCGCCGCACCCACACCGGGGAGAAGCCCUACCCCUGUGAGGUGUGCGGCCAGCGCUUCCGUUUCUCCAACAUGCUCAAGGCCCACAGGGAGAAAUGCUUCCGCGUCAGCAACCCCAUGGUUACUGACGGCAACGACCCCCUCGGCCUCCAUCGGCCUCUGGCCUCGCCCACCGUGGACUCUUCCGGUCAGGUGCAGCUGAGGACGGCGCUCCCCGCCACUUCUGCGACCACACCCGCUGCUGCCUCUAGCCCACACCCCCUCCAUGGCACCCAGCUGUCUCUCCCCCUGCUGCACUCCAUGGGUGGACUGCCUCCCAGCCCUCAUUUACCCCCUCCGCCUCCCCUGUUCCCUGCCGGUAGGAUGAACUCCAACAACUAACAAAUCUCUGUAGCAUCGAAAGCACUUUUGUUACUUUUGUUUUUCUUAGAGCUUUUAAAGAGGACUCCUGCAGCAGGAGAGUGAUGCACCUCAGUGACAUUUACACCGAGGAGAAACACUGACUGAAGGCUACAUGGAGGCCUCAUGAACAUACACAUACACCUACCACAAUAAGAAAUAGUUAUUUUUUACUCUGUUUAAAUACAAUAUAUAACCUCAGAGUCCAGUAGGACGUGUCGUCACCGCUCUUUUCCUCGUGAAUUUUACAACUCUGUUCUAGUUUCAUUUGGAAUCCCACCACCACACACAUCUCCCCAGAGCCUUGCACAAUGCAUUGAUUGUAGCAUCUUUUACAAAGUAGGAGGAAGAUUUUCCUAAAUCCUCACUCAUACGGGGGUUAUCAGUCAAGCGAGAACCACACUAUGAUGAGAAAAGAUAUUUUAUUUUUGAUCGUUCUCUGCCAAGAUGUAGCGAGUGGUUCUGGCCUGACCCAGCAAUAACCAAAUGCUGAUUUGUCUCUGAGCAUAUACAUGUAUAUGGCAUUGCCAAUAACCAAAUCCUGUUAGCUCACCUGCUAUAGUUAGAUAAUGUUAUACAGCAUUUAUAAUCAAUCCUGCACCUUACAUUUAACUCUAGUGAUAUUUAAGAUGUACUCCUAAUUGUCUCCAUUUUUAUAAUUGUAAUAGUGUGUAAUCCGUGGCACGUUACGUCAAUUUGUAAGGAUGCGUGAGAAGUUGUGAUGGGUGGAGAGUCGACUGUGCAAUGCAGUGUGUGAUGUUUGUGAAAGUGUGUCUGAGAUGUGAAGCAGAGUCAUGAGAUGAGGAUCUUCAAAUCUACGUUUACCCCCCCCCCCCCCCCCUACCCCAGAGUCAGGAGGUUGUUGUUGUUGUUGACGCUUAUCUUUUGCUUAUAUUAAGCAAGCGUGCUCCUCUCCUAUAGAUCUGGCUUUGAGACGAUAUCGCACUUUUCUGUGACUUGUUAGUAAAAACCUAAUGUACUCUGACCUACAGUAUAUUUGUAGGUUUAAAAUCUAAUAUUAAUGUUAACUUAAAUUUCCCAACUAAACCCGAUCUGUGUUAUUAGUUUGCAGAAUACCAAGAGUGUACGGAUAAUAAUAUUCACAAAAAACCUGCGUACGUAGCUCAUUAAGUGUGCACAUUUCACCAUGAUGUAUAUUGUGAAGUGAUAAACAUUAUAUUACAAUGCCUAAAUCUCUUAAAGAGCACUGACGGGGAGUACUUUUGGCACAACAAAGUGCAUCACUAAAAGGGCUCCUUAUGAUUACAUCACUAUUAUAGACUAGUCAAUAUCUUAUAACCGUGAUCUGUAGAAGCUAUUGAAGUGAGGGACAAGCAGUAUGUAAUACCCCUCAAACAUUUGUGGCUCUAUGUGCACUUUUGACAAUUGUUUGUCAUUAACCUACUGGCGUAGAACUGAAAGAAUAGAAAAUAAUCAAAUCCUUGUCAGUAAAAAGUAUCUUCUCUUAAAGGCUUGCCAUUUUGGAAAAAUACACUUAUUUGCUUUCUUGCCGAGAGUUAGAUGAGAAGAUGGUUACCGCUCAUGUCUGUACAUUAGAUAUGGAGCUACAGCCAGCAACUGCUUAGCUUAGCUAAGCACAAAGACCUGAAACCGAAAGAAACCGCUAGCUUUGCUCCGUCUGAAGAAUAAAACUAAUUCACCUACCAGCACCUAAAGUUCAGUAAUUAACACAUUAAACACAUUUUAUCUGGACAAAUACCGAAAUAGAACAACUUGCAGCUCACACGGUUUUAAAACACUUUGUUUUUGAAGAUACUGCUUCCGGUGAAGUCACAACUUGUUUUUUACAUUUUGUUUUUCGUACAGUUUAAACAGACAAGAAUUAACAUGUUAAUUAGUGAGCUUAAAAGGUGUUGAUAGGUGGAUUUUGUUUGCUUUGGACAGAGCAAGGCUAGCUA